AUGCCAAAAAUAAAACGAGAAAAAGUUUACGGCCGUCGAGAAAUCGAAGCAGCGUUGGAAGAUGUCAAAAGAGGAAUACCUAUAAGAACAGCAAGCAGGUCUCACAACGUCCCUAGGUCAACAUUGUACUCCAAGUUGACAAAUAAAACAUCAUUGGAAGCUAAACCAGGUCCGGCGACUUAUUUGACCCAGGAGCAGGAGCACCAGGUGAUAGACUGGGUAUUUUACUUGCGAGACCGCGGGUUCGCGAUCACCAAGAAUCAGCUGUUGGACAGCGUGCGCGACAUGAUUGUCGCCCUGGGCAGAAAAACUCCCUUUAAAGACAACCGCCCGGGCAGGCACUGGUUCGAGGCCUUCUUAAGGCGCCACCCCGACGCCGCUGAGAAGGUCAUCCAGAACCUCAGUUCCAGGAUGGUCGAGAAGAAGUCGCUGAGACACUGGUUCCUCGAGGUCAAGCAGAUGCUGGAGAGCCUCCAGUUACUGGAGCUUGGCAAGGACCGGGUCUAUAAUUUAAAAGUUGAAGAUUUUCUGAUGAAAGGUCAGAAAAAGAAAAAGGUUGAUCCUGAUGAUGGCAAGGAACGUGUUAAGGUGUCAGGAGAGUCAACAGAAAUUUUCCGCGAGUAUAUUUCAUCAACAUUCUACCCAUGGCUAGUAUCAAAAAAAAUAAAGCUCCCAGUAGUGCUGUACAUCGACGGUAGCGCCAACUUGAGUAUGUCAGUAGUGAACUACUGCCGAAAAGUACAAAUAGAACUAGUAGGGUUAUGUCCAGACGCGACUCACCUGCUCCAGCCGAUAGAACAAGCUCUCCUGAAGCCUAUGACCAAAUCCUGGAACGAUUCUCCGCCAGUGAAAAAAGAAACUUUCGCGCCGACGCUAAAUACGGAGCUCCUGAAGAUCGACAAGAUGGCGGAGGAGCUCAAAAUGGCGUUCAAGACCUGCGGACUCUGCCCGUUUUCAAUUGAGGUUGUUAAUUAUGGCCUGGAGGUGAAUCUGGAAGUUAAAGAAGAAAAGAUAGAAGAAGAUGAUAAUAUUCCGGAGAUUGAUAAUGAUAAUAAUGUAAAAAGUAGUCUUAAUCAUAGUCUUACCAAAAAUUACAGUUCCGAAGAGUACUUGAGGUUCCUGGAGUUCUUCGAGAGACAUCUAGCGGGAGAUCUGUUAAAAAGUUUCAGAGAAAAUUUACAAGGUUCAGUAUUUGUUGGAGAAGAAAGAAAUAAAGGACUUUUUGAAUUUUGGGUUAAUAUAAAGAAGAAAUGUUUUAGUUUUUAG